AACAAAAUGGCCGCUGUCAAGGAGUGAGUUUUGGAUUGACUUUUCAUUUUAUCUUAUUUCUACGUGUUUGGCGCGUUUUAAAGUAUUAAAAUGAAAGGGUCAAGGAAAAGGCAGCCUGAAGUUAUUGUUUUUGAAGAACCAGCGCGAAAACAAAGGAGGCAUAACGUGGUAAAGACUAUUAAAAGCGUCAAUAUCUCAAACAAGCAAAUAUUACAUUUUUUAAGCUCAAUCUAAAUCCUGAAAAUUUGUUUAGAGACAAGAAAGAUUUCCAAGUACAAAUCACGAUGUGGGAAGUAUAAAUUUUAAAGAAAUAGCUAGAGAAGUUAGGGAACUAGGUGUGUACAAUGUGAAAUUAAAACAUGAGAAUAUAAGGGAUAUUAAAAGACACUGUGGACAAGUAGAUUUUGUCAUGCUUUGCGACUUGUUCUGCAAUAGACCUUAUGCAUAAUGACGUCACAAGGCUUGAUGCCCGCGAGGAAAUGCUGGUCUUAGUAGUCAUCGCCCGGGAAAAUUAAACAAUUCAAAAUGGCCACUAUUGAAAUUUUCCCAGGUGAUGACUACUAAGACCAGCAUUCCUCGCCGGCAUCAAGUCUUGAGACGUCAUUAUGCAUAAGGUCUAUUACUUUAACCCCCACCCCUAUUAUGGAUUUUGCUGUCUAGUUUCCCAGAAUGUUCAGUUUUUGUCACAAUUUUUUUAACAAUAAUGGAUUCUUAGCUGCAAAGCAGGACAGAAUUUAUUCAUCAAUGGUCUUAAAAGAUUUUAUGGAAGAUGAUGAAAGUCACUUUUUCAUCGGCAUUUUUGACUGUUUUACAACAAUUUUAUUAAGGUGUAUCGGGUUUCAAAAAGAAGGACCAAAGAAGAUAUAAACAACAGCACGCUCAGGCAUUAGGAGCAAAGGUAUGCUGUUUAACCCAUCAAGUGCCCUCCCCUUGGCAAGUAAAACCAUCUGGCAUUAGACAGAGUAAAAUAAUAAAGUAGGGCAUUGUCAGGGCACAGUGCAACUUAAUGGUUAAAUUGCAUUACUGUGUAUUACUCUAUCUCAUUUUUAUUCAUUCCAAGGCUCCAAAGAAACAAAAAAUGCCAUAUCCGUUGCUGAUGGAAUUGAAAAAGAUUAAAGACGAGAAAGAACAAAAGAAGAAAGAAUUGGUGUGUUUCAUAUUUUCUGAAAAAAAGCUUGUUUAUAUAUGAUUGACAACACUAUAGUUUAGAACCUAUCCAGUCAGAUUUCCUAAUGAUGAAAUUUUGUUAACAGGAAAAUGCAAUGGGGAUAUUUAAGAAGAAGAAAUCUGAUAAGGACAAACAAAUUCUUCAAGGGUAAAAUUAAUAAAUAAAUUUAUUGGAGUAUAAAUACAGAGUAAAAAAUUUACUGACCUUCUUAAGAAGAAUCUUCACUUGAGACAGUGAAAUGCUCUACUAUGUAGUUCAGAAACACAAGCCAUGGAAGCUUACUGUGGAAUACUACCUACACUCAUUGGACCCAUGUUUAUAUAACUAUAUAUGUUCUAUGUUUUUGCUAGGUCUGGUCGUUGGGUCGACAGAAGCAAAGGUCUCGACGGCGGCAAAUUCAAGAAAGGUGUUCGAAAAGUCAAACAGAAAGACGUUGCUAAAUUUAAAAAGAGCAAAACAUAGGAAGACCACAGGGAGGAAUAUAAACCUGGAUAAAUAUAUAGUUAUGUGUUUUAAUAAAUUCUUAUUUAUUCAAUGUUGUGUUAAAUUUGUUUUGAGAUGCAACAUUUCAAGCCUCGGCUAACGAACACUGACAGAUGCAACUGCACUUGAAAUGUGGAAGCAUUUCAAAUCUUUUAGGCACACAAACCAUAGCAACUUUAUUUCAAACCAAAAAUGCUUUUUUGUAUCAAGACAUAACAAUAAUCUAAAGCACUUGUUUUAUGUACUAAAUUAAUAUAGUACUGUAAGUAUUAAAUUAUUUAUCUGCCUUUACAGUAGUAGAAAAUAAAGUUUAUCAAUUUCCAAUUUAUCAACAAGACAAGCUUUGAAAACAUUAUAUGCAUAACAAAGCAUGCCAACGAAGAAUAAUUACAUUUCAAACAAACUCAGCUUCUCAACUUUAAUUUCCAAUUACACACCUGGCCUAUUAAUGCUAUUAUCAUUAUUAUGCAAUAACUAAGGGGAAAUAUCUCAUAUAGCACAAUUCUCCCUUUACUAAUAGUGUUAUUGUACAAAAUGGUAAAGAAAACCUUUUAAAUUUUCUUUUAAUGGGCGUGCUGUAAGCCCUGUCACAAACUAUCAAAAAAUAUGACUUGUCACGAAAUGCAAAUGAAUGCUUGUACACACAGCUGCUGGUGAAAAUAAACUAAAUUUAGCAUCUGAAAGUUAAUUGUAAUUAUAAUAUCAUUUCAUUUUCUAUAAUUCCAUAGAAUCUCAUUUUUUUUCCGACAUGUAUUCUAUAGAAACCCGCGAUUCUUAAUUGCAACAUCGCUGUACUUCUGUAUAAAGUCAUUAGAAUCUUUUUCAGAAAUUCCAAUUAACGCCUUAGCAACAAGCUAGGAAAAUAAAUCGCUUUUGUUUGGCCCACAGAGUAGAGAAUCGCUAAAUAAAGAGCAAUCAGCCGAAAGUAGAAUCCAGAAAUAAUCUUUGACCCCCAAAUAAACAAGAAUGAGUAAAGAAAUGUUUUUUUCAUGUGGACAAAACGUUUCUAAUGACAAGCGCGGCGCGUCGCGCUAAUUUGUACUAUUUAAUUAAUUGCAACACUUGUACAUAGAAUAUAAUUCUAUAUUUUUCUAUUAAUCUUUUCAACCACAACUACAAAAGGCAACAUCUUUAAAUACUAGACUAUUACAGCAGAAAAAUGCUAUUCACGUGAGCGGAAAUUUAAGCGGAUUAAUUCGUUCGUUCUUUAAAUCGCUGUGUCGAAACUUAAUGGGCGAAAUCAAUGAAUUUUUGUAGAUUCUCUCAAGUAAGACUAGCAUUUCAACUACACCAGUUCAAACGUAAAUCAAGGUUUUAUAAUAGGCACUAGAUAUCCGAUGUUAUAUAUAAUCAGUCAAUGUACAAGCGUGUUGUUUACCUCGCAUACAAAACAUGAAACAGUUCCCAAAUCAUAGUUUAUUGAAAUCGUCGUAUUUUUGUUUCCAAUUCUGCGUCGCUCUUUUAACAUCGUGUCGUUUGGGUUUCGGUCUCGCUGCUGCCAUGUCGAGCUUUGAAGAUGGAUCAGCCGUGCCCGAGCCGUUCGAAAAUUGAGUUGUUGUUGUUGUUGUCGUUGUUGUUGUAGCGCUAGCGACCUCGGCCGGCGGUUUGCUUUCUUGCACAAUUUCUGGAGGACUUUCCGCUGGGAUUUCUGCAGGUUUCGACUCGGUGGUUGUUGUUUUAGGAAUAACUUCUUCGUAACCAUCGUCGUCAUUUUCGAUUUCUUGUGCGGCUUCCUCGUCGACUUUCGGCGUUUCAACAACUACGGGUUCAGGUGGGAGUUCGACAUUUUGAACGUUAUCCGCACCGUCUGUGCCCAUCGUUUCAACGGCUUCUCCCGCCGCCACAUCGUCGCUAACAUGGUUCUCUUCAACUGCAGGUUCUGCUGGCCGCUCAGUCGGUGUUACAAAACGAUCUUGCGGUAUUUUCUCACCCAUUUGCUUAUAAUAUUGAUCGCACGGUUCAUCAACAACUAACAAUGUAACCUGAUUUCCCCCUGCUCUUAUGCGCUCGACAACUUUCGAAUGGGGUAAAUCUUCGACGUCCUCAUUAUUCACCGCAAUUACUCUGUCUCCGACCCGUAAAUCAUUCCUCUGGGCAGGGCUGCCAUCGUCAAUCGCACUUAUAUACUGUCCAUGUAUGCCCUUUUCGCCGUGAAGAUUAAAUCCGUAACCGUCGGCAGCUCGAUGUAUUGUGACUUUUCUCGGCAGGCUUGGAGGUUCUGGUUCAGAAUGAGCAAUAUCCCCGUUCAUAAUAACCUCUUUUAGCUACACAAGUGUUUUAAAAGUGUCUUAAAUUGUUUUAAAACGCUCCAGAACGACUUCAAAUGCGAGUCUCCCUCUUUCGACACAAGUUCAACACAAUCAUGAUACA